UGUCAUUCCCCUGGAGUUGAGCCUCCAUCCUGCACCGAGGGCUGAAGCGCUGAACACAGGCCAGAGGUCAAACCGAGGUCAGAGGUCAACCCAACUCCCAUUCACCCACCAGAGGCCGACCCAGUCGCCAGUGACAAUCCAGACGCCAGCUCUACCGCCGCUGAACUAUCACCUCAGAUUGAUUCGACCACUCACGGUGAUAUUUCUCACAUGGCUGACCCGGCCCCCGACGACGGCAAGUACCUCUUCCUGGACAAUGACUUUCGCAACAGCGGGGUGGCGCAAGCCGACUGGAUGGCCAAGAAGCUGGUGUGGGUGCCGUCGGAGAGGGAGGGCUUCGAGCAGGCCAGCAUAAAGGAGGAGAAGGGUGAUGAGGUGCUGGUGGAGCUCUCCAACGGCCAGAAGGUGAAGGUGAACAAAGACGAGAUCCAGAAGAUGAACCCGCCCAAGUUCAGCAAGGUGGAGGACAUGGCCGCCCUCACUUUCCUCAACGAAGCCUCAGUCCUCCACAACCUCCGAGAGAGAUACUUCUCCAGCCUGAUCUAUGUGAGGAACACACACACACACUCGUUUGUACUGCUAUAUUUGAGAGGGAAACUCACAUACUGCAAUCUGUAGCCUCUGAUUCUAACCUUAAUCUGAACCACAUUUUCUUUUAUCUUUACUGUCAAUACACAAGCAAAUACAAUA